CGUUGCAUUACGUACGCAGCAGUGUGUGCGAAGGAGUAUUGUAUGCCAGUUUGGAGUGUGCACUGUACGCUGGAACUAUCACUGGAAAAACUCAUUGCGAGUUCAAGUUAAAUAGGCACAAUAUUUCACUUUAUUUCCCAGCUGUUUUCUUUUUUUUAUAGAUUCUAAACUGGAUUAUUCACCCGUAGCCUAUCAAUGUCGUGAUUCAUGCACUUUGGAUGAAGCAGUUCAGAACGGACUUCGAACAUGAGUUGGUGUCUCCAAUAUACAGGCACACUGUAACAUCUCAAGUGGAUUGGAAUUUCAAUGCACGGGAGAGUAAUUUCCACCUGAAAUAAGGAUUUUGCGCAUUUUAUCGCGAGUGUUUUGGAGUCUGCUACUACACAUAUGGAGUAGGCUAUUUUGGAGAUACGCAAAAUGUUUUCUGUUAGAGCGUUAUUAUAGACGAUACAAUGAAAUUGACUUAUCUAUAGACAACGGGUUCACCAUACAAAGAAGAGUAUAAGAAAACAGACGUGCCAGAGAUCUUUCCUGAAGCAAGGACAAAGGGGUCACAUUUACAGUAUCGGAUUGUUAAAUGUGCAUCAGCAACUGUAAAACACACUUCAGCGCACGGGUUCGCGGGCGAAGACUCCACUUGUUAACCGACUCAACAUUAUUUUCUGACCAGUGACAUUUUGAAACUUGUUAUACCAAGGAGUUAAACGUACGCAUACCUUACAAAUCUAUUCGACACUGGAAGGUGAUGAGAUAAAGAAUCCAGAACAUUGUUUUACCUGCAAUAUACUCUUCUGCUUGCAUAGCCUGCACGGAACAGAGGAAACAGGAUUUCACGAUAUCUAUUCAGUGAUGGUUAUCAUUUGUCAUUUUAAACGUGAUUUUACGCAUGAUCUACAUGCGACACUAGCGAAUGGGAUCUAGAAUUGUACAUUUACACUGUAUCCAUUUUUGUUUUAUGAUUUCAUCGUGCCGUUGAUUCAUUUGCAUCACUGAAUAAGCGUGGAAAUGGCAGGCUCCUGUUCCAAUUGGAAGUACUACCUUUGGUUUUUGACAGUCUUGUGCAGGUCGCUGUUGCCCGUGGCCAAAACGUUGGAAUCGGUGGUUUGGAACUCACAAAACCCAAAAUUUCAGUAUGGGAAGGGCUUGGUGAUGUAUCCCGAGAUAGGAGACAAGCUGGACAUUAUCUGCCCAAAGGCAGACAUGGGGCGGCCGUAUGAGUUUUACAAACUAUACCUGGUGAAGAAGGAGCAGGCAGACCAAUGCAGCACAGUCAUGGACCCCAAUGUGUUGGUGAACUGCAACAAGCCUGAGAAGGACAUCAAAUUCACCAUCAAGUUUCAGGAGUUCAGUCCAAACUACAUGGGCCUGGAGUUCAAAAAGAACGUCAAUUACUACAUCACAUCCACUUCCAAUGGGACCCUGGAGGGCCUGGAGAACAGGGAAGGAGGGGUCUGCAACACCCUCUCCAUGAAGAUCGUCAUGAAAGUGGGCCAGGACCCGAACACAGUUGUACCAGACCCAGUGAUAACAGAGAAGCCCAGCCAAGAGGAAAACGUUGUGAAGGAGACUACCACAAAACCAAAUAAGAAGGGGGGCAGUGGUGGGGCCGUGGAGCCAGGCAACAAAGACACCAUGAACCAGGACAACAAGUCAGACUCGUCCGACUCAGCGGAGGGUUUCUUUGCCUCCAAGCCAGCGCUGUUUGCAGUCAUCGGGGCGGGAUGCGUCAUCUUCCUCCUGAUCAUCAUCAUCCUCAUCGUCCUGCUGAUCAAGCUGAAGAAGAGGAACCGUAAGCACACCCAGCAGCGGACCACCGCUCUGUCACUCAGCACGCUGGCCAGCCCCAAGUGCUCUGGGAACGCCGGCUCCGAACCCAGUGACAUCAUCAUCCCGCUACGGACUACAGAAAACAACUACUGUCCCCAUUACGAGAAGGUGAGCGGGGAAUAUGGCCAUCCGGUUUAUAUAGUCCAAGAGAUGCCAGCGCAAAGCCCAGCCAACAUCUACUACAAGGUCUGAGGCAACGACUAUGUCUAGGAUGCUUGCUGUAGGGGAGAAUUCUGGCCUACCUUUUACUACCUUGUCCGUCUGAUGUUGAAAGACACUUUUGAUGUUCAAAAUAGUGACACAAGAACAGAAAUGAAAGAAGGUUGUCCUGGAUACAGUAGUUGAAACAUAAAACAUGAAACAUGUUUCCGGAUAGGCCAAAGGCAGGUUUUGGAGAGAUUGUGUCGUCUUCUCUUCCUGCUUCAAGCUAGAAAUUUUAAUUCACCCAAGUUUUGCUAUACUGUGUGUCUGAGAAGACUGUAAGACGGUAAAGCCUAUGGCGUAGAGAUGCCUUCACUCUGACAAUGGAGACAAGUUGCAAACAGGGUAUACUACACAAACAAAGGACCCUGCAAUAGGGCUGUCACUCAUGGGCUCCAUUCCUGUAAUGAAGCCUCCAUUGUUUGCUCAGAGACAGAAAAAGGCACAGUGUGAUGACAGCAAAAUACACUUCCCUUUCACAACAAAUGUGUUUUACCUGCGCUAUUGUUUUUUAUCAGUCACCUACAGUAGCUUCCUUUUCACCAGUGUCUGCUCCUUCAACAUUGUGUUUCUUUUCUACUGAAUAUCUAGUUAAUACAUUCUAUAUUAUGGUAAAUAUUAAUAUUUCUACUGAAUAUCUAGUUAAAACAUACUAUAUUAUGGUAAAUAUUAAUAUUUUUCAUGUAUCCUUUACUGAUACUUUGUCACAUGUAGGAGGAUCUGUGUCAUUAAUGGCUAUUUUGAGGUUGUCCACUUUCUGUUUAUAAAAGAAACCAACACUUACAUAUGUAGGUCUCAUAAUUGUGUUCAGUAUGUGUCUCCUGUUAUACUUCUUUAAGCGUGUCCAAACAGGCAAAGUCAGGUAUGCAACUGUGGUGGGAAAAAACUAGCAAUGAACAUGUCUCACCCUGGAUGUGAAUUAAUGAAAGACAAAUAGCUCAUACUCAAUUGCGGUGAGAGGUCAUCAUGACUGAAAUAAAUUUAAAGAAAACUAAAAGGUUAUGUUUCAAAAUGACAGGUCACUUCUGUGUCUGAGCGGCCUCGAGGGUUUUCACUCCGAGUUUUCCCCUUUGUGAAAAAGAAUAACAAGAUCAAAUUUGUUUGAGUAGAAAAAAGUGUGGAAGCAAUUAAGAUGUUAUCAAAGGAGCAGAGCCUUUUGCUCCCACCUAAAGGCCGUGUUCUCAGAAGAAUUGGAUGACUUCGGAGGGAAUGAUUUGCGUUCACCUAACGGUAUGACAUUUGUAGUGAUAGUUCUGCUCCUGGAGACAGUGGAAUACUAGGGAUGGUUUUAUUGUUUGCCACAUUCAUGUUUGAGUCUGAAUUCAUUCAUAGCCACUUAGGCAUGGAGCCUGGAUCAGUCGUGUGCUCAGAAUGAGAAGGAAUGCAGGUAAUGUCCAACGUGCUGUGCAUCUCCAUAAAAGCUUGUUUGAGGACAAUGGAAAGAGUUUGGCAACCAGCUCCAAUCCCUAUUCUCCUCAGCUGUGCGAUGAUGGGAAAACCAAACCUUUAAAAUAAAUGUAAAUACAGCGCAGACAAGAGAGGUACAGAGUGGACACUUAAAGUAAGUCAUGAUUCUGCUCCAUUAUAAAUUGUUGUACAAACAUAAUUGCAGUACAGUACAUAUUUAUCUUAAACUGUUCCUACUCACAAAAAGGCUUUUUUAAUUCCUAAAGAGUUUUACCCUUGUUACAACCGCAACGGGAUGGCGCUAAAACAUCUCUGGUGUCUUCAGGAGGAGGACUAAUGAUUUACCAUUCCUAUCACCUGGCAUCCUCAAAGACCAGGCAAGAUUACACUGGUACCAAAUCAAUUUUCAAUAUGAAUCAUCACACAUGUUUUCUGUUUCAAUAUCUUAUCUCCAUGUACUUAAGUGGGUCCCAUAGUCUAGUCCUGUGUGUUUAUUUUGAAACAAGAUAGAUACUGUCAUGUAUUUACAGUAGAAUUACUCUGGCAUACUUUUCAUGUUGAUAACAUUGAGAUUAUUUUAAGUUAUUAAGAAGUUUAUCAGCGAGAGCAGGACACCAGUUUGUUGGCAUUGUUUCAGAUAAGAGAGCAGAUUCACUGUUAUUUAGAUGGAUGUGACUGUAUACUGACAUAUUUCUCUGCUUUGAGGGUUAGAGCAGAUUGACUCUUCUUUUGAAACAUUAUAUAAAUAUUUUUUUCAGUCUGGAUUUAUUUGGAUAAAUUAACAUUGUUUCGCUGAAAAAUAGCCUCAAAGUUGACUUUUGCCUUCCCGGUGUCUUGUACAUUAUCACUUACAUUGCAUAAAUAAAUUAUGUCUACAACAUAUGCAAAUAUGACUCUAACCAUGAUUUGAAAUUUUUUAAACAUAUUUUGUUUGUUUUGAACUGAAUUAUACUGUAACUAAGUUUUAUAAAAAAACGUGUUAAGAAUAAAGCUCAAAUUAAGUCAAUGACAAACUGGUGACAAACAGAAUCCUAAUUCUUUAGCUAUUGAACAAGCAUUGUUUUAUUGUUGUGUGUUGUUUGUCAUUGGGUAAAGGUAUAGUUUAUUACACAAUGAUCAUCUUCACAAUGUUUAAGGAUAAUGUGUACACCACUGUGUGAUCUUCAAUUAUUUACAGUAACACAAUACCCUGUAGUCCUAGAAGUAACAUGUGAUGUCCCUUUACUGCUUGUUUAUUGUUUGUUUUUAUUUUUGGUAAUACAGUGGCCUAAAAUAAUGUAAAUAUGUGAAAAAGUACCAUUUUAAAGUUACAUUUAAUAGAGACCCAUUUAUGAGCAUAAUGUGUUUUUUUUUUAUGCAGAAUUUUGUAAAUAGGUGUGUUUCUGGAAAGACAUUUUGUAUAAAUCUUGAUUUUUUUAUAGACACAAAUCUCUUAGAGCAGGUGUUUUAAGUGCCAGGCCUUGCAAGGAAAGAAGACAAUUGUAUCAUUGUUCACCACAUACAUACAACAUGAGAAACAUUAUUUCUCCUCAGUUUCAUUCUUGCUGUCACAGACUGUUUGUGGGUGGGUGGGGGACUGGAUUGGGAGAAGGGCCAGAUACUCUCCUAUACAUUUUAUAGAUGUUCUCUGUGACACAGUCACCUCUUAAAAUCGAUGGAUAUGUUAGUGAUCUUAAAAACAGGGUAUGGUGAGCAACCAACUAAAUACUUGAUGCCUUGAUGUUUUGAUCAAGAUGAGUCUGAGUAUAAUACGAUGCUACAAAGGUAAAAAAAAAAAUGUUUUACCCAUGCUGAUUAGAAAUAGUCAGAUGAGCAAUACAUUAUUCCGGGCAUCUUUCCAUGCAAGUUUCCCUGAACUCUGUAUGGUCUCACUGACUAAGGAUACAGUAAUUCCAUCUCUAGUCGUGAGAAUCCAAGGUGAAUAAGAAGCAUCGUGCUUGGAGGAGGUCUGCUGAGCUUGCGACUUUGGGAAAUAAAUAAGGCCAACAUACAUGGCUCUAUCUCAGUCCUUCGACACCCCUCAAGGUGAAAUGGACACGCUCUCUUGACCUCCACAGAUUAUCACGAUAUUAUCUCUGGCUCGCUGUAAUGAGAAAGCAGCUCAAGCCCCAGACAUUUCCUCAGCCAUCAGCCACACAGCCAAAUUCAGCCCACCUCUGCUGUGCUGUGUAUGGAGGCCAGGCCACUCGCAUAGUUGAAAAAUAUUACAGCAGUGCUUAGCAACCUGAAAGCUGAAGUGUGUGAACAUCUCCAUGCUAUUGGAGUAAGAAGGAAAAUAUCUACAUUAUUUGGUUUGGUUUUCCUGCUCAAUACAGUUUAAACACUAAUGACUUGUUCAGUGUGGCUGGUUGCUCACUUUCCCUGCCCUCAGUAAGUCAUUAUUGUCAUUGUUUUAUUUCUGUUCAUGAUUCAGUAUUAUUUUCAAUGUACAUGUAUGCAAUCCCAGUGAAUUAUUAUUUUUUGCGUCUGCUCCAUGUUCAUAUAUUUCGCCUUUCAUUCACACACAGCUUCAACCCACGUUCAACAUAACCAGUUACUAUGGAAUGGAAAUUCCAUGAGCCAAGUUUGAAAUCCUGAUAUUGCAUAUUGAUAAAUAAAUUUUUCCUAUGGA